AUGAGGUUCACCGUGGCGGCUGUCCAGGCUCUGGCGACAAGGGGCAGACAGACGGGCGUCAGGACGGACUCGCGGGCGGCGGCGGUGCUAGGCGGGUCGGCGGCAGGCUGGUGGAAGAUGUCGUCGGGGGCCGGGGGGCGGGGCUCCAGCAGGCUGCGGGGGGGAGGCAGUGGAGGAGGAGGAGGAGGAGGAGGAGGGGCGGCGGGGGGCGGGGGCGGUGGCGGGGGCCCCGUUGAGGCGGAGGAAGGCCCCGUCGGGAUCCCCUUCCCCGAGCACAGCGCCGACCUGCUGGGCGGCCUGAACCGCCAGCGCCGCAGCGGGCUCCUCUGCGACGUGCUGCUGGUGGUCCGCGACCGGGAGUUCCCGGCCCACCGCUCGGUGCUGGCGUCGGUCAGCAGCUACUUCCACAAGCUGUUCACGUCGGGCGCGGCCGCCGAGCGCCAGAGCGUGUACGCGCUGGACUUCGUGGGCGCCGAGGCGCUGGGCGCGCUGCUGGACUUCGCCUACACCGCCACGCUCACGCUCAGCCACGGCAGCGUGGCCGGCGUGCUCGCCGCCGCGCGCCUGCUGGAGGUGGGCCCCGUCCGGGACGUCUGCACGCACCUGCUGGACACCAAAGUGCUCUCCCCGCCGGCGGGCAGCGAGCGACGAGACGACAGCGAGGAGGAGGAGGGGGGCGGCCCCGGGGGGCGUGGCCAGGAGGGGGCGGAGCCCGAGCUGCGGGCGCAGGAGUACCUGGAGUACUUCCAGCGGGGGGGGGCCACCUGGAGCAGCAGCUGUAGCACGCCGGAACUCAGGGACCAGGCCACGCAACCGCACUUUAACCACGGCAACGGCACGCCCCACAGCAACGGCGGCGGGCCCGGGGAGUACUACUCCGCCCUGGCGGUCCAGGCGCCAGGGCGGGAGAUGGAGGAGGACGAGGAAGAGGAGGAGGAGGACGAGGGGAAGGCGGCGCAGAGCGAGGGCGGCGGGGGGGAGUGGCCCCAGGGGAACGGGGCUCUGCCUUUCUUCCCCGCCACCGCCGCCGCCGCCGCCGCCGCCCUGAACGGCCACUUCUACCCCCCCCGGCCGGGCCCCGAAGCGGACGGGGAGCUGGCGGCGGCGGUGGUGGCGGCGGCGGCCCGGGAGCGGGACCGCGGCUCGGCCAGCGCGCUGCUGCAGCACAUGAUGGACUCCAUGGAGCGGCAGAAGGAGCGCGCCGCCGCCGGCGAGGACCAGGGGGGGGGCGGCGACGGUGGCGAGGACCCCGACAUGGAGUUUUACUUGAAUUACUUUAACAGCACGCAUCACGAGGACGGGGGCGCCGUGACGGCGGCCGCGGCCGCGGCGGCACACGGCCUGGUGCCGCCGCACUGGGCCGCGUCCCUCGGCGGGCUGGUCCCCGAGAGGGGGCGGGGCCCGGGCGAGAGGGGGCGGGGCCCGGGCGAGAGGGGCGGCGCCAUGGGAGGAGGGGGCGGCGGGGGGGCCGGUGGGGGCGGCGGCGGCGGCGGCGGCAGCGGCGGGGAGAGGAAGAUGCGGUCGAAGGCGUUCCAGAAGUGCCCCAUUUGCUCCAAGGUCAUCCAGGGGGCGGGGAAACUGCCCCGGCACAUCCGGACGCACACCGGGGAGAAGCCCUACGAGUGCGCCAUCUGCAAAGUGCGCUUCACCAGGCAGGACAAGCUCAAGGUGCACAUGAGGAAGCACACGGGGGAGAAGCCGUACCUGUGCACGCAGUGCGGCGCCGCCUUCGCCCACAACUACGACCUGAAGAACCACAUGCGCGUGCACACCGGGCUCCGGCCCUACCAGUGCUCCAGCUGCUUCAAGACCUUCGUGCGCUCGGACCACCUGCACCGCCACCUCAAGAAGGACGGCUGCAACGGCGUCCCCUCGCGCCGCGGCCGCAAGCCCCGGGUGAGGGAGCCGGCCCCCCUGGAGGCCCCUCUGGACCUGGGCGUGCUGGGCGCCCCCGCCGGGCCCCUGGCCCGCUCGGGCCCCCACGGGGCCAGGGGCCGGAGGCGGUCAGACCCCACCUUAACCGCGGAGGAGGGCGGCCCCGACUUCCUCUCGCACAGUCCUGAGUCUCAGGAGAGGCCGGUGGAGAUGGGGCCCUAGGGGGGCCCCCAGGGGUCCGCUAGCCCCCCCCCCCCCCCCCCCGCUGGACGCCAUAUUCCCUCUGCGGACGCCUGUGAGACAGGCGGCCGGACAGAGAGGAGAAAAAGAUAACAAUUGGAGGCAAACUUUAACGACAAAGACUAACUUUUUCCUCUUUAAACCAAAUCAGGGUGUCACAAAUCUAAUCUUAACGUUUCGUCGUCCCUCUUUGCUUUUCUGGAAACGGAGACAGCACUUGCGUCGGUUUAAUUGUCAAAGAGCAAAGAACACUUCGAAUCAGGCGCCCACGAUGUCCACUCUCUGGGUCACUUUAUUUCCUUAUGAUCUUAGGGAUUUUGUACAUUGGCAUACAUGCUCUUAUUGGUAGAAUGUCACGUGGAUUCACAUCAACUAUGAGCAACUA